UUAGCAUUUUUCAGCUGCAUGAAUUUCUUCAUCAACAUGCUGAUAUAUCUGAUAUGGGAUGUUUCACUUCAGUUUCUCCUGUGGAAACCCUGUGUAAAUGCAGCUUUGAGUUUCAUUAUGACAUUGUGGAAAACCCUGGAUGACAGGAAGCUUCAUCAGUUCAGAAGAGGAUGUUCAGACCCAUUUUUUCUUCCAAAUCUCAAGCUCUACUGUGGUCAGUCGUUCAUGACAGAGGGUGGAUCUAAUGGAUGGAUGUCACAGACUUUAACAUCUUCUCGUCAGGAUGCUUUUAAAUUUUGUUCAGAGCUUUUAAAGUGAGACCUCCUGCUUUUUUUUUGUUUAACCUAGAUCACUGCUUGUAGCACAGAUCAGAUACAAAGCACACUUUAGAUAAAGUCAUCAUCUGCCGCAGACAUGAGUGAAACGACGUCUCUGCUGAACAAAAGGUCAACGUCUGAAUCCAAGAUCAAUAACUCCAAACUGUUCCUGGCUGUCUUCGCUGCCGUCCUGGGGAACUUUAACUUCGGGUAUUCUUUGGUUUACUCGUCCCCCAUCCUGCCAAAACUCAAAAGUCCUGAUGCUGACCCUCGGCUUAGGAUGGACACUGAGCAGGCGGCCUGGUUUGGCUCCAUCUACACUCUGGGUGCAGCCGCCGGUGGGCUGGGUGCAAUGCUGCUGAAUGACAUGAUUGGACGGAAGCUGAGCAUCAUGAUGUCAGCGGUGCCAUCAACUGUUGGGUAUGUGCUGAUGGGAGGGGCUGUUGACCUGUGGAUGCUCCAUGUGGGACGCUUCCUGACAGGUGUUGCCGGGGGGAUGACGGCUGCAUCCAUACCUGUCUACAUCUCAGAAAUUUCCCACAAAGCAGUGAGAGGCACUGUGGGCUCCUGUCCUCAGAUCACUGCUGUGUUUGGAACAUUAUCGCUUUACGCCCUGGCUCUGGUGGUGCCGUGGCGGUGGCUGGCAAUAGCAGGAGAGGUGCCAGCGGUACUAAUGGUUAUUCUGCUGGUGUUCAUGCCCUCGUCUCCCAGGAGGCUCCUCUCCUUGGGAAGAGAGCAGCAGGCUGAGAAGAACCUCCGCUGGCUCAGGGGAAACAACUACGACACACGCUCUGAGAUCAGUGAAAUACAGCACAGCAUCAACACACAGAGUAAAGUCACACUGUCCCAGCUGGGUACACCCGUCUAUUACAAGCCAAUCAUCAUCUCAGUGGUGAUGCGCUUCCUGCAGCAGAUGACGGGCAUCACUCCUGUUCUGGUUUACCUGGAGCCCAUCUUUAACGAAAGCAAAGUCUCUCUGGAGCCUAAGUAUGACGCUGCUCUUGUGGGUGUAGUUCGCCUCUUUUCUGUUGGCUUGGCUGCCAUCUUGAUGGACAAGGCGGGACGCAAAGCUCUGCUCUACACAUCAAGCCUGCUAAUGUUUGCAUCCAGUCUUACUCUGACCAUGAUCUCCCACACCACACCUUGCCAUCCAGAUCCUGCCCCGCCGAACACCACUGCACUGGACCAUGUUGGCACUGGAAGUAGUUUAGGUGCAAGCAACCCAGUUAGCCCGAGUGUCAUCCCUAUCAUAAGCACCAUGGUGUUUAUAUUUGGAUACGCCAUGGGCUGGGGCCCAAUCACCUGGUUGCUGAUGUCAGAGGUGUUGCCACUGGUUGCAAGGGGUGUGGCCUCGGGUGUGUGUGUGACGGUCAGCUGGUUGACGGCAUUCAUGCUCACACACGCCUUCACACACAUGGUGGACAGGUACGGCCUGUACGUGCCCUACCUGUUAUUUACAGUUGUGUGUGUGCUCUGUCUGCUGUUUAAUGCUGUAUGCAUCCCAGAGACUCGCAAACGUUCACUGGAGGAGAUAGAAAACUAUUUUAGGACAGGACGCACAUUCACUAUCAACAGAAGUCCAUCUGUUUUACAGUCGAGCUGACACCGUAUAAGAUGUUAAUGCACUUCUACUAACAGAAACGACUAAAUGUUGGAUUUCACCCUAGCAAUAUCGAGCUAUGAUUCACUAAGGUAACAGAUCAAUAAACCGUUAAUCAUCAUUAUCAAAUUUUAUAUAUGUAGUGCUACAUCAUAAUAAAAGUUAUCUCAUGACACUUUACUUUUAGAGUUGGUCCAAGCCAGUUUACAGAAACCCAACAGAGUCCUCCAGGAGCAAA